AUAAAUCGCCAACCUAAUUCAACGUCUAUUUCCUGCUUCCAACAUGAGUCUAACUCAAUUCUCAAUGUUGAACAGUUCUAGAAGUUCACAUAGUUCAAGAGUCCAACUUAAUCAGGUUGAAGAAUUAGCGUUUCUCAUAAAGGACAAUCUUCCCUGCAAGCACCUUGUUCUCUCGAUGGAAAAUAUGCUAGUUGAUUACCUUAAGGAUGAUACGAGCUUAGGUGAGGUGCUGGAGCUGGAGCCAAUGAAUCCCUAUAAUCGUCUUCUCUUACAUCGCCUUGCUGAUAUAUUCGGAUUUUCUCAUCAAUCUAUCGGUGAAGGAGAUGACCGGCAUCUUGUUUUAAAGCGCUGCGAGGACACAUCAAUACCCUCCAUUCUUGUUGCGGAUAUGUUGUGGGACCAUGAUGAAUACCAGUCUCCAGUGACAUCCCAGCUUUUAUCGCGACGAGAGGAUGGUUUAGCUGGGACAAAGGUAGAAACGGUAUUUGCUCGAGCUUCUCUAGAGGACCGAGAGGCAGCUUACUUGGAAGCUCGGAAACGGAUUUUCUCAACAGAAGCUGAGAUGGAAGGGCUUACAAAAGAGAGGCCACGAAAUAAUCCCAUUGUUGCUCGUCGUAUGAUUGCACACGCUCUCGGCAAGAGAAUCAAACAAUCUAAUCAAGGGAUAUGUGCCAAGGAUGCUACAGAAUACCAAGAACCUACUGAUGAGGUGCAAAAUCAGAAGUGUCAAAAUGGUAGUUCUGGUUCAAGCUUGCAAACCCGUCCAAAGUCAAAUGGUCAGCACCGUUUCACUGGGAGUGAUCAGAAGGUGCCUCAAAACCUAGACGUUAAACCAUCAACCAAUGUGGCCGUAUCAGGUGCAAGAAAAUGUGAUACAAAUUUCCCAAAACACAGUUUAAAAGAUGAACAUAUUGGAGCAGCAAAGCGGAUGUUUGCUCAUGCCUUAAGAAUGCAUCCAUCAAAAGAAACCAUUCUUUCAAAAAGCAGCCAAACAAAGCAGGCCGAUAAAUCCUAAUCUUUCAAAAUCCCUUUACUUGCUGUCCUACUAAUUUGUUGCAUGAAGCUUAAGCGCAAUUAUUCUGACCAUCCGAAAGGCAGAUAGAAUGUUUCAUCUUUCCUAUUCUUAGAAGACGUGUUACCAGAAGAUACUCACAAUUGUACUGGCGUCUGUUCGUUCAUUCGUUUAGCGUAAAAGACGAAGUUGAAAGUGGGAUUGGCCGGUUGAGCUCUUAUCGUAUGUCUCAUUUGGUUUUCUCUUGUGGUGUGCGUCAUAAAUUGUGCGAUUGAUUUCUUGAUGCGGGUGACCAUGUGGUGUCUUUUGAUCAUAGUGAUGAUAUAUUCAGCUGCAAAGUAUGGUACAUAUAUGCGUUCUAGAUUUCAACAGGCGUGUUUGCGAUUGAAUCUGGAUUUGCAUGGUCUCCUGUCUUCAUCCCCAAGCAUUUGGCAUGUGUAACGGCAGGCGUAGGCGUGUUUAUGUUGCAGGUAUGUCGUGUUUAAUUUUAUAUCAUUUAUAAGCUAGAUUUGUAUAAUGUUAUGUACCUUAUUGUCUUUUGCAUACAACAUGUGCAUAUCUACUACCAGCCUGGCUUUUUAGUUUUGUAUAAUGUAUAUAUAUACUACUUAUUUGGUCAAAAUUAAAAAUGUUAUCUAUUCAAGUAGCUGUUGGUUGUUGCUUCUA